AUGAAGAUCUCGCUUAGGCUUGGUUCGGCGCUGGUCUCCGCCGGUAUCGUUGAGGGACACAUUUCUGCUAAGGCCGAUUGCAUGUAUUGCCGACAACACUAUAGUAACGUGCCCCCUCCACCAGGCCAGUUCCUCAACCUACUCGCCAGGGGCAAGUUCAGCGUCGACCUCGGGGCCAACCGCGGCUGCACGAGCCUUUCCUACGGCGGCAAGACCGCGACGCAGUGGUCAGACUGUAGCGAACACCCAGAAGACUGGCAUGCGCCUGUGCCGGGCAAGUGUCUCGUCGAUAACCCGGACGGUAAAGGAGGUGCGAUGCACACGCAAAACUAUACCACCAUGGCAGGCACAGCAUUCGCCAUCAGCUAUCAGUCAGAUAUCAGAAAGGUGACAAUGGAGAACCUCGUCGUCUUUUCGGUUGUCGAGCACACGCCUUGGAAACGCGUAGCUUCGUACCGAGUUCCGGACUUGCCUGCCUGCCCGGUGGGAGGCUGCUACUGCGCUUGGCUCUGGAUUCCAGAUGGAUGUGGCCAGCCCAACAUGUACAUGCAAAACUUCAAAUGCAAUCCUACCAACGCCGUGUCCACGAAGCGACUGGGUAUCGCUAAGCCGCCCGUCGCUUGCCGAGAUGAUUCGAAAAAGUGUGUCGCUGGACCGAAGCAACUGAUUGCUUGGAAUCAAGCCGAAGGAAACAACGUGCAGGAUGUCGGUUAUAGCCCCGGGUACAACGCCAGGAUGGGUUUCAAGCCAGGUGCCCAGAAUGACAUUUUUUUCUAG